GUAGGUUAGAUACAUAUCUUGUACGCAACGUUUCAACGUUGCGUACAACGUUAUUCAACGUUCUGGAUACAAAUCAAAAGCAACGUGCGCACGUCUGGCAACGUUUGUAUCUGCUGCGCCGCUACUCCCUGUCCCUGUCACUCCCUGACCCCUGUUAAGUUAACAUUCAAAGAUUUGAAGAACAACAUUGUCAGAGAGGUCAGGUCGGCUUGGUUUCGUAGCAGAGAAAGGUGAAAUUAACACGUUUGUAGUAUGGCAACCCUUGACUCAUCACAGUUGAACGAUAUUAUUGAUUUACUUGAAGAGAAGUACACUGAAUCAACCACACUUGAUGAGAUUCUCUCAACUGCUCGCAAGAAGUUCUCUAAUAAAGAUUACUUCAAAGUUUGCAGUGUUGUGAGUAUCCUUGUUCAACAAAGGGAUUUAAUUCCUAAGUCAAGUCAGAAACUGGCUGCUCUUGUGCUCCUUCAUCAGCUUCCUCUCUCAAACCCAGCAGAAGAAACCCCAUUUCUCUCCCAGCUGUUCACUAUUUUGAAAGAUGGAGUAAGCAGCAGCAAACAACUGCCACAGCCUGUUCUUGAUGAGAAGGAGAAGAGGUUUCUUCACUCGUUGCUUACAGUUAAGAAUAUUUCUGAGUUGCUAAAGCACCGUGCCACUGACUUGUUGGCGUUGUAUGAAAAAGAGCUACAUAAGCCGCUGCCCAGCAUAUCUCCUACUUCAUUGAAUCAGUCCUCAAGUUCACUGCCGACCAACGUCAAGGCUGGUGUGUCACUCCUGCUACCGUCGGUUCAACCUGCGUCGAACUCAGCAGCUGAGUGCAGAUCUGAGACCAGCGCAACUACUCGCUCAAUUAUAAUCGAGGCUGGGGAAGAACUUCAUAGAUCAUACAUGCCUGAGCUGCUCCGACCACCACCACCAGUAACCAUCUCACCUGACGAACUUGUGUGGUUGGAGAGCUGUCACCAGGAGGCGGAGGAGGAGAUCUGCUACGACGCGAGCAUGUGCGUGACAAGCGAGGGCGACACAGAAGCUCGGCGCCUCAUGGGCCGCGCCUUCAAAGAGACUCUCAGCAUUCCUCAGCUGCAGCUGCUGCUAGCCCACCUGCAACGGGACCCUAGGCUCGUCUAUAGAACCGGUCUAACGCCUCAGAAACUGCCGGUGCUGGUUGAGCACAAUCCCCUAAUAGCAAUCGAGUUCUUACUGCGCGUGAUGCAGACCAAGCAACUCACGGACUAUCUCAACGUGCUUGUCAACAUGGAGAUGUCACUGCACAGCAUGGAGGUUGUCAACAGGCUAACAACAGCAGUUGAGCUACCGCCUGAAUUCAUUCACCUCUACAUCACGAACUGUAUCAGCACCUGCGGCACCAUCAAAGAUCGCUACAUGCAGAACAGACUUGUACGUCUCGUGUGCGUCUUCCUUCAGUCCCUCAUCCGGAACAAGAUUAUUAAUGUCAAAAAUUUGUGCGUUGAAGUUCAGUCGUUUUGCAUCGAGUUCAGCCGUAUAAGGGAGGCGGCGGCGUUGUUCAAGCUCAUCAAGCAGCUUGACUCCUCUGAAAGUUCAUCAUCUGGCGCCUCUGCAAACCCUGAUACGUCUCAGCCUUCUGUGACAUGCCUGGCUCCACCGACUGCUGAUUCUAGAAACCAAUAAAAAAAAAUCCCAUAGCCAAAUUUAUUUAAACCACCAUUGGGGUUAGGAAUAUUCUAAGAUGCUUGAACUUGUCCAGAUUUUGGCGAGUUAUAAAUAAUAUGUUUCUAAGAUAUUCCUUUUUACAUUGAAAUUCAUCU